AUGUCUCCUGAUGCAUCAUCACUGGGAUUCACAGAGAAAUCGAUCUAUGGCGACCUCGAAUACUACCAGGAUACAGCAACGCCGUUCAUUCAAUUGCUGUAUUUUACAAAUGCAGACAGACUCAGGGAUGAAACAUUCCACAGAAUGAAAACUAAUAUCAAAUCAACUGCGGAAACUGGAACAGUCACGAAUUUAGGGCCAGUAACAGCUACAACCACCGAUGGAAAAUGUACUUUCGAAUACUCGGCAACACAAACCGUGUACGCCACUUACGAAACAGUCAUUAUCUUACAACUUAUCAUGUCACGAGUGGGACAGGAGACUACAACAGUGCAAAGAACUCCAAAUGCCGAUUCAGCAGAGAUCAGAUUGGUAGACUCCCCAAGAUACGUCUUAUUUGGAUCUAUAUUAUUUAUGAAGGAUCAAGGCAACACCAUGACUCUCCAAGACGUUGAAGCCAUCUCAUUGAUAUAUGCGGACGAGUUCAGCACUGUCGUUGACGGUAUUUUCAUAUGCGAAAACGGAAACUCAGAGACCCUUGAAAAUGGCGACAUUGUCUGUACAUGUAAUCCUGGAUAUUUUGGUAACACAUGCACCAAUCUUUGUUCCCAAGGAAAUGUGAUAACACUUCAACCACACGACAGACAGAUAUGCGAAUGUAAUAUGGGGUUCGGUGACGUAGGCUGCGGUUCUAGUGGUCAUUCUGUAAAUUUUGUAACUAAAAUGUCAUACAGAGAUGAAUGUCCAGUAGCCCUGUCGAAUCACUUCAAAUAUCUGUAUGCCGUUGACGAAAGUGGAGUCAUAACUGUUCGCGAAGUGGCAAAUAUCGCUGAAACUCUGAUCGAGAACUUUGAAUUCGGAGACUCGACCACGAAUUAUGACACUCUUAGACAAAUACCUAAUCACGCUGGUGCUUCAUCACCAUUCCCGAUAAUGCAGUCAAGCAGUGAGAAUGAUUUUCUUCUGGGAAUCGAAAUUCCUGUCUCUCAAACACAUUCUAUAGGAUGGAACGUGAAGAUAACUCACGCAAACAGAGAUGGAAAUCUUGUCGGUGAUCAAGAAAUAUCUGGAAAUGAAGUUAGAGGAACAUGUGGUGUGUGGUAUGGAAUUGUUCAGAGAUACAAUCCGACUAACUCAAACGCUCCAGCAAUGGCAGAUAUAUUCUUUGUUUUGGGUCAGGCAGGGUAUUCCAAAUUUCCAACCUCCGCAUCAUUGGAUUUUCAAACCGUAGCUGGGACUGUAGGCAGUGAUGUGACGAGUGAAUUCUCCACCACCGGAGAAAUUUCAGGAGUGAUAUUUGGAUAUACUCUCGUUGUGACCGAUGCCGGAAGUCAAAUAGCAGAAUCUGAGCUUAUUGAUGUCAUGCGUUGCUAUGCAGAUUAUGCCUGUAGUUCGCUACCACAGGUUUUUGAAUGUGUCAAUGGUCAGGUGAUAUUGGAUGGCAACACUCCAACUUGUAGUUGCGAUGGAGGUUGGGUUGGGCCAGAAUGUGCAUAUCCAUGUUAGACAUGUUAACGAAGAGUUUUGAAGAUAAAUCUUUUUCAACUUCAUAUUACAUCAUAUCGGAGCCACAUGAUCAUCAUUACAAGAACAUCAUGCAGUUCAUCAAUGUCGAUCAAACUGACGUGAUGUGGUAUUAUAGAGGAAUAAUGUUUAUAAUUUAUUAAAUGAAUGUACUGUCAUACUACCACUUAAAUUCUUAUCCUAUAUUUGUGCAUGAAUGUCUUUCCCCUCCUGGCUUGAUUUAGUUAUAAAUGUAUUAUACAUGAUGAAAUGUUGUAGACAAUUGUUUACAUUUGAUGAAUAGAUAUUUUUAUUGAGUUUUCAAUUUCCUCCGUGUUUGGGUUUUUGUUAAUUCUUAUAUAUUUGGGAUAUCGUUUAUGUUGGAGUCGAUCGAACAACUCCGAAAUAAUAUUUCCAAUUCAUACAAGAAAGAAGUCCAUGUUCAAAGCCCACAGCUAGUUUUGUAUAUACGGAGAAUUCUGCGUCAACAAAAUAAUUAUCAUAUUUCCUAAUGAUUUAUUUAAAAGUACUAUACCUACUCCACAAUCUGUUGUAAUAUAGGGUGAAUUUGGAUUUAUGUAAUACUUAAUUGACAAAAAUUUACGAUUUGCAAAAUAAAAAUUGCAAUGAAAGUCUAUAAUACUAAAAACUAAAAAGCGAAUAUAAACAUUCACAUGCAUCGCUUCUUCCAAGCUUGCGAAAUAUUAGGUCAGCCUGAAAAUACCGUAAGUGAAAUCAUUUUAAUUUAUCUGUUUGACUGAUCAUUACUAAGUGAUGAUUCAUGUUUCAUGCUUUGAACAAGAUGUUUAGUCCAAACCCAAGACCGUGUGAGAAAAGAACUGGACUAUCCAAUAAUAAUUUCUUGAAGUUCGGAAGCCGAGCAUGAAAUUUGAAGAUUACAUCUAGCAAUACUUAGCCCCCACAAAUACUAGGAAUUGCCCUUAAAAUAUAACCUAUUAAACGGGGAAUAAUGUAGUAAUUCCUUUUGUCUGCCAUGCAAAGAAUAAUUUCAAGUUAUCCUGCCUGAAAAUGUAUCAGAUAAGCAAAACCGAUUUUAUUUCGAACAAUGACACUAGAGCUUUUUUCCGGGGAUGUCUUAUAUUUUCAUUUAUCAAAAACUAAAUUAUAAAGAGAAUAACGAGAUUUUGAAAUAUACAAAAUAUGAGAACGGAUAUUCAUUUUAUUAUUAUCGAGGAAACACGGUAGCUAUGUGUUGUACUUGUAUUGCUUUCCCUGGUCAUCAUAUGGAUUCUUUCACUGGGAUUGCAAGUUUUGAUAUCGGUUUGUCGAAGAGACAACGCAAGGAGAAGGGUAUUUAUUAUUGAAGACGUGUAAGUGUAGAAGAAGAAGUGUACAUAUGGAUCGUUUUGUUAUUAUGUUGUUGUUGAUAUUUUUCUUCUUCGUAUCGAUAUGAAUAUACGCUUUUUCCUAAAUAACUACUGGAACAAUUGCUUUGCAACUUUCCGUGGUUGAAGAUUGUAUUUUUUGCCAUAUGGAUAUUACGUUUAUUUAUUUCAAAAGUUUGAGUAGAAUCUAUUCUAAUCGUUAGUGAGCUUUACUUGUGAGAGAUUGCCUACUCAAUAUACUUCG